GCAGAUUCUAAGAUUUGAUGGACCUGGAGUGUCAACAAAUCCUAUAGACUUUGUGAAGUAGCAAAUAACAACAAUGGGACCAAUUAAAAGAAAAGGGGAGAGCGGUAACGCAAAGAACUUCAUAACAAGAACCAGAGCAAUCAGGAAACUACAAGUUUCCCUUGCCGACUUCCGGAGAUUGUGCAUUUUCAAGGGUAUUUAUCCGAGAGAACCCAGAAACAAGAAGAAGGCGAACAAAGGCUCCACUGCCCCGGUUACCUUCUACUAUGCGAAGGACAUCCAGUACUUGAUGCAUGAACCGAUUUUACAGAAAUUCAGAGAGCACAAAACUUUUGCUAAAAAGUUGACCAAAGCCUUGGGUAAAGGUGAGAUUGGUGAUGCCAAGAGACUCGAAGAAAACCGUCCUAAGUACAAGUUGGAUCGUGUAAUCAAGGAGAGGUAUCCUUCUUUUUUGGACGCCUUGAGAGACAUCGAUGAUGCUUUGAGCAUGAUGUUCCUUUUUACAAACAUGCCUGCUACAAGUGCCGUUGGUGCCAAGAUCACCAGUCAAGCCAACAAACUUACUAACCAGUGGUUAGCGUACGUUGCAAGAGAAAGAGCGUUGAAGAAAGUUUUUGUUUCCAUCAAAGGUGUCUACUAUUCCGCAGUUGUGAAAGGUCAAGAAGUUAGAUGGCUUGUCCCAUUCAAGUUUGCGCAAAAUAUCCCUUCCGACAUCGAUUUCAAGAUCAUGCACACAUUUUUGGAAUUUUACUCUACUCUAUUGCAUUUUGUUCUUUACAAACUAUACACUGACUCCGAACUCACAUACCCUCCGAAGAUCAACGAAAACAGAUUGAAAGGCAUAGGCGGGUUAUCAGUUUUCAUUUUAGAAACCAACGAACAAAGAUCAUUGGCUUUGCCUAGUGAAGUCACCGGAGAGUCUUCCAAAAGCGCUAAAGAAACAAAGAUUUCAGGUGAAGAAAUGUCAAAGGCUUUUGCUGCGGACAAGAAGGAGGCGGCCUUAGAACAGGAGGAAGAAGAAGAAGAAAAGGAAGAAGACGAGAGAAUUGAAAACGUUGAAAAUACAGAUUUGGAUGAAUUCAAAGACAACAGUAAGAACACUGGUGAUAUUUUAGCACAACCUUCUAAAUACGCCAACCAGGUGUCAGAGCUGUUCAGCAAAUUCGUUUUCUUUAUUGGUCGAGAGGUUCCAGUCGAUGUGCUAGAGUUUGUCAUUUUAUCCGCUGGUGGUAAAGUGGUCAGUGAAGCGGCCAUCGAUGAGUUAGAAAACUCCAAGGCCGUUGAUUUGAGCUCAGUGACGCAUCAAAUUGUGGAUAGACCUAAGAUCUUGAAGAAAGUCCAAGGAAGAACAUAUAUCCAACCGCAAUGGGUAUUCGACUGUGUCAACAAGAGCGCUUUACUAAACGUUUCAGACUAUGCUCCAGGUGAAACCCUUCCACCACAUCUUUCACCAUGGGGAGAUGCUGGAACAUAUGAUCCUGAGGCCCCACUUGAAGAAGGCGAGGAGGAAGGCGAGGAGGAAGAAGACGCUGAAGACGCUGAAGACGCUGAAGACGCCGUGGACGCCGUGGACGCUGAAGAUGCGGAAGAGGACGAAGAGCUCAGAGAGCAGAAAGAGUUGGAAUUGGAGAUGGCUGGUGUGAAAUCAUCUGUUGUAUCCAAGGACCAGAAGAGCGGUAACAAGAGGAAGCAUACCGAGGUGGCAGGCAAAGAAGACGAAGACGAGAAGAACUUGAAGAUGAUCAUGAUGAGCAACAAGCAACGUAAGUUGUACAAGAAGAUGCAAUAUGGAUUGAACAAGCAAGACGUCAGAAAGCUCGAGCUCGAGAAGAAGCGUAAGCUCCUUUCCAAGAAGAAGCAAGAGCUUUCCAAACUCACUCAAAAAUAGAAGUGUGCAUGUCUGUAAUGCAUUGCUCCGUUCUCUUUGUAAAUGUACAUAUAGCUCUUUCUCUAUAUAGAUUCAAACAUAUUUAGCCAACCAAACAAACCGCCACCGAGCCGCAAUCUAGCCUACGCCAUUGCCUACACCAUUGAGGAAGAAUGGCACCAGAUGUGCAAAUGGGCCUUGAGAUCAAAAUCAAUGCAAACUGUGUUAUCAGUUCAAGCCUGGAAUCCAUGGAGAUCCUGGUCCAAUCGGACCAGAGGGGGCAAUCUCACCUCGCAGCUUCGGAAAAGGGAUUCAAUCCAUUUCGUCCGCAUGCUGGCUCCAACUGGCUGUGUCAGUCCCCAUCACGGGACCUGUUCUAUCAAACACGCAGCUGCAUACUUGC